AUGGCCGCCGCAGCAGCCGGGCACCCGGGCACCGGCACCGGCCCGCCCCGGACACCGACACCGGCCCGCCCCGGACACCGACACCGGCCCGCCCCGGCCACCGACACGGACACGCCUCUCCGCGGGCGGGGCAUCACACGCUGCUGCACGCCCCCCGGGCGAGCCACGCCUAUGGGCGGGGCUGGGAAAGGACACGCCCACAGCACGCACCUGUGCGCGCGCGGGAGCCCGCGGACACACACCUGGGCACACACCUGUGAUGAGCACACACCUUUUUAUGGAGCCUUUCUCCAUGAUUUUUCUACCUUACUGCAACAAUUUGCUUUCUUCUUGUUGCAGAGUGAAAUGAUCUCCUUCUGGGGGUACCCCAGCGAGGAGUAUGACGUGGUGACAGAAGAUGGCUACAUCCUUCAGCUGAACAGGAUUCCUCAUGGGAGGGGAAAUGCUGGGUGCCAAGGUGUGAGACCCGUGGCACUUCUGCAGCAUGGUCUCCUUGCAGAAGGCAGCAGCUGGCUCACCAACUUGCCCAACAGCAGCCUGGGCUUCAUCCUGGCAGAUGCUGGCUAUGAUGUCUGGAUAGGAAACAGCAGAGGGAACACCUGGUCCAGGAGACACCAGGUCCUGAUUACCACACAGGAUGAAUUCUGGGCGUUCAGCUUCGAUGAGAUGGCUAAAUACGAUCUGCCAGCCAUGAUCAACUUUAUUGAGCAGAAAACAGGACAGAAACAGCUCUAUUAUAUUGGCCAUUCCCAAGGCACCACUAUAGGUUUUAUAGCCUUUUCCACUAUGCCCCAGCUGGCUCGGAAAAUCAAGGUGUUCUUUGCUCUUUCACCUGUGACCACGGUGAUAUUUUCUCAGAGCCCGUUUAGAAAACUCUCAUUCUUUUCCGACUCUGGGCUUAAGGAGCUGUUUGGCACCAGGGAGUUCCUGCCACACACUGCCCUGGGGGAGCUGGUCCUCUCCAGGUUCUGUGUCUGCUCCAAGAUCUGCAAGCACGUCCUGGCUACAGUUUUUGGGUUUAACUGGAAGAACACAAACAUGAGCCGAUUCGAUGUGUACAUGGGACACACCCCAGCAGGCUCCUCUGUCCAGAACAUCAUCCACUGGCUGCAGGGAGUCCAUGGUGGGGCACUGAGAGCUUUUGAUGGUGGGCACAUGUACAACAGCCUUCAUUACAGACAGACCGGGGCUCCGUUCUACGACGUGCAGACCAUGGAGGUGCCCACGGCCAUCUGGAAUGCAGGCCAGGACUGCCUGGCCGACCCCCGGGACACCGCCCUCCUCCUGCCCCAGGUCAAGAACCUGGUGCACCACAAGCUGAUCCCCCACUGGAACCACAUGGAUUUUGUGCUGGGUCUCGAUGCCACCAAGGUUUUGUACCGGGAAAUCCUUGACAUCAUGAAGAAGUAUCCCUAAAGAUGCUUGUUCUACUUGAUA